GUCCAACCAUCGGCGAGUACGACUUGAACUUGAUGCUCAAUUCUCUCCGCUACGUGCGCGGUAAAAGAGUAAUCAAAUCCGGAGAUGUGCCACGGGCUUUCCUCCGGAAUUUGAAGUUCAAACCGGAAAACCGACCAAGGUUUUGCUUCCCCGCCAACACCUUCAGCCCGGACUUGCUGAAGACCCUGCGUUCCGAAUUCGGGAUUGGCAAGGAAAGUAUCUUUGUCAUGAACAUCAGCCUGUAUGGGCUCAAGGAGGCGGCUCUUAUGUGGUAUCGCACCAUAAGCCAAUUCCUUGAAAGCAUCGGGUACAGGAUGUCUCCGGAUUCCCCUUGCGUCUUCGUCCGCGGUAGGAGCAAGGUUUGCUUGCACGUGGACGAUCUUCUUUUUGGAGGUGAAGAAGAAGAUUGGAAACUGCUCGCGAGACAGCUGGCGGAACGCUUCGAGUUGCACACGUGGAACGAUGCCGAAGCUGGUCUCAUUUACACCGGGAUACAUGUUCUGCAUCGAGCUGAGGAACAGAAGGUGAAGACAAACAUGCAGCACAAGAUCGACGAGCUACUUGAGAUGGACUUCCAGGCUUCCCCCACUGAACAACUAACACCAGAGUUUGUCACAAAACUCAAGGGUGCGCGCGGCAGCCUGUUGUUCAUUGCUCGACGACAUGUGGAAUGCAAAUUCCCCACCCGCUCCAUGGCUCUGGGCGCAGACGAGGCGAAGACUUUCGAAUGGAUCACCGGGACGAACGGAAUCAUCCAGCGUUUGAAAUCCGACACCCGCGGGAUCGUCUUCGACCUGUCCUACGAGAAGGAAGUUAUCGUCAUGCUGCCGGAUGCGUCAUACCAGCAUCCCACCGCCAAGGAAGAGCCGGAUGGUGCAAAUCCAUGUGAGGAAGAAAACGACCUCGACGCCCGUCCAGAUUUUGCUUUCUCCAACACCG